CUCGACGCAUCAAAAACUUCUUACCACCACCGACUCCAGCACCACUAGAUCCAGCUCCACCCAGUCCGCCCGCCGACUCGAGGGCCACAGAUUGAGGCACCGAGGAAGCCCGGCUCCGUCUGCGAUAUGAUGGAACGUCUGUCCACGCACCUGUCGCUCACCGGCCUAUCGCUCGCUCAUCCCCUGCAGUCUCACCUGGGCACCGGCGGCGGAUCGCACCACCUCGGCCAACUGGCGGCGGCGGUGCAUCAGCAGCAACAGCAGCAACAAUCCGACCAGGGACUCGGCCACUCACACCACCUGCACGGUCAGCAGUUGUCGCUGAACCACCAGCACCACCAUCCCCACCAGUCGCCGCAGCACCAGCAGCAGCAUCAGCACCACCCGUGCAGCAGCAACAGCAGUAACGGAUCGCCGAACGGCUCCACCGGUCUGGGCCUGCAUCCCCACUCGGCGCUCCAUCUGGCGCACCACCACUCGCAGUUGCACCAGCACCACCCGGCGGGUCAGCAGAUCCAGCAGCAGGGCCAGCCAUCGGUGUCCUCGUCCUCGGGCUCGCACCACAGCCAGCCGCAGUCGCUGACCCACCAACCGCACAGCAACGGCAGCUCCCAGCUGGGCGGUGGUUCGGGUUCGGCCAGUGGAGCGGGCUCAGUGGCCGGCGGUGCGACCAGUAGCCACCACAGUGCUCCAGCCUCCAGCAGCGUGAUGGCCGCCGCAGCAGCCGCCCACUUGCACCACAAUUCGCAGGCCUCGCCCAUCAGCAAUCUCCACCAGAACAUGGGCAGCCUCAUGAACAGCGGCAGCAGCGCCAGCGAUGUAUUCUUCAGUCUGAUGAUCCAGAACACAACGAAGCGACAGAACGAGGAGCACAUUAAACGUCCAAUGAAUGCUUUCAUGGUCUGGUCGCGUCUUCAGCGACGCAAAAUAGCUCAGGAUAAUCCGAAAAUGCACAAUUCCGAGAUUUCCAAGAGGCUGGGUGCCGAGUGGAAGUUGCUUACCGAGGAGGAGAAACGUCCGUUCAUCGAUGAGGCCAAACGUUUAAGGGCCAUGCACAUGAAGGAGCACCCGGACUACAAGUACCGACCGCGACGAAAGCCAAAGGCCCUGAGACGCGAUGGCUAUCCCUAUCCAAUGCCAUAUCCAUCGGUGCCCGUAGAGGCGUUACGAGCGGGCAUUACGCCAGGUUACUUUGCGCCCGGUCCCACAGCGGCUGCCUAUCACCUGGGCAGCCAUCUCGGCCAGACAUCGACGCCGACCACAACGCAGGCCACCCUCUCCGGGCAGAUGGACAAGUUCGCCUUGGAGCGCAGUUCGUAUCUGAGCAACUCAUCGCAGGCGAGUGCCUACAGCGCCUACUUGGAUCCCAGUGUGCUGACCAAGGCGUAUUUCGACUCCAAGAUGUACCAGGAUCGGGCGGCCAACUAUGCCUUUGACAUAUCCAAGAUUUAUGGCGCCCAGCAGCAUGCGGCGGCCCACCAUCAGCAGCAGCAACAGCAACAGCAGCAGCAACAACAGCAACAGCAACAACAGCUGCUUCUCAGUGGCGGCGGGGGAGGGGGCAGUGGCGGGGGCGGUAGUGCCAGCUCGCACAACAACAACAGCAGCAGCGGACUGGACGAUCGCGAUGCCACGCCCCAACUGGAGGCGGUGGAGGCUAAGCCCCAUCUGCAUUCGCCCAGCGAUGUGGGUCUGGAUUAUGCCCAAUAUGCCGGCCAAUAUGGAGGCCAAUUGGCAACGGCAGCGGGCGGAGCAGUGGGUGGUGGGCCUGCUGGCGCUGGCGGUGGAUCGGCGGGCGGUGGGGGUGGUGGUGCCACCGCCGCGGACUUUCGGCGACCACUGACGGUGAUCUUCUGACCACCAUCUUCCAAUGGCAGCGAAGAGUUGAACUUGUCUAUGACCUAGGAGCAGGAGAGGGGAUCACAAUCGUUUCGUUUUCAACUCUGAUUGGAUUUUUCGGCAAGAUUUUAACCUUAUUCCAAU